GCAGGCUCGAGGCGCUGCCGGGGGCCACGAUGGCCUCCUUCAAGCGGAGCCGGGCGCAGGCGUGGCCGGAGGAGCGCGGCGACCGCGAGCACGGGCUCUACAGCCUGCACCGCAUGUUCGACAUCGUGGGCACGCACCUGACGCACCGCGACGUGCGCGUCCUCUCCUUCCUCUUCGUGGACGUCAUCGACGACUACGAGCGGGGCAUGAUCCGCAGCGGGCGGGAUUUCCUGCUGGCGCUGGAGCGCCAGGGCCGCUGCGACGAGACCAACUUCCGCCAGGUGCUGCAGCUCCUGCGCAUCAUCACCCGCCACGACCUGCUGCCCUACGUCACCCUCAAGCGCCGGCGCGCCGUGUGUCCGGACCUGGUGGACAAGUACCUGGAGGAGACGUCCAUCCGCUACGUGACGCCGCGCGCGCACAGCGAUGCGGAGCACAGCCUCGGCCACCCCCAGAAAUCAGUGCCUCCCCACCACCCCGUGGUCUGCUGCUCCGCAGCGGGACCCCAGAUCUGUACCAAGAGGCCCGGGCGCAGCAGGACCCUCCUGGGCAGCCAGCGCAAGAGGAGGAAGUCGGCGACACCGGACCCCAAGGAGAAGCAGACCUGCGACAUCCGCCUGCGAGUGCGAGCCGAGUACUGCCAGCACGAGACAGCGCUUCAGGGCAACGUCUUCUCCAACAAGCAGGACCCUUUGGAGCGGCAGUUCGAGCGCUUCAACCAGGCCAACACCAUCCUCAAGUCCCGGGACCUGGGCUCCAUCAUCUGUGACAUAAAGUUCUCAGAGCUCACCUACCUCGACGCCUUCUGGCGCGAUUACAUCAACGGCUCCUUGCUGGAAGCCCUCAAGGGCGUCUUCAUCACGGACUCGCUCAAGCAAGCCGUGGGCCACGAAGCCAUCAAACUGCUGGUCAAUGUGGACGAGGAGGAUUACGAGGUCGGGCGUCAGAAACUCCUGAGGAACUUGAUGCUGCAGACGGCUCCUUGAUGCAGCCCCUGCCUUGGUGUUGGGGGGCAGCUUCUUGUUGGG